AUGGAUUUGGGGGGGCGACCUAGCCCAUGCGCCACUGAGAGAGAUUUCUGCAAGGUUCAAUAUUGCAGUAAUCGAAUGAAAUCCUACGGCUAUCGAGGCCACAAAACCGCAACGUACCAAGCUUUCGGUUUGGCGACGAUCUUCAUCCACAAAUGGCGACAUUAUGGUGCGAGAAUCAUUUACGUAGCACUGCGAGGGACACAAGGCCUCAAUAUGGAUAAUGUUGAACAAAUUACUGAAGAUCCUGCAAACAUUGUACCAGUGGAUGACGUAAAGACAUUGGCCACAACUGCUGCGGAUGCCGUGUUAAUGAAGUUCCCACCUCCCGCAUAA